AUGGGACGCAAGAAAAAUGAGGGCCUUGCCCGCUGGGCGGGGUUACCGCUCUGCUGCUUGUUGCUACUUCUUGUUAACGUUCUGUUCCCCUGUGAGGAGGCUCGCUUCCAAUCGAGGCGAGGUCUUGGAGAGCAAAGCGGCAUCGGGACAAACGUAUGUAACAAUAUCAUCCCAUUUUACCUGAACAGUCAUAAUUUUUUUAACCCCCUGCGGGAAAUCAACGUCUCCAAUAAUUUCUCCCUAAAGUGGAACAUCAACUAUAUAUACUUUGAAUAUUUCAAUGAAGAGUUUUUUAUAAAUUUUAACCUACACAGUGUAUCGGUAAAAAAUGUGCAGUUAUACGAGUACAGACAUAAUAGCCUUUUGCUUUUGACGAAGGAUGCCUCCCACGAUGAAGUAAAAUUUUUUAUUCGUGUUGAACCGGACAGGAGUGUACACCCUGGGGAAAUGAGAACCUUUUAUUUUGUCAUUAACUCUGGCACAGAACAUGAUUUCACCACUUGUGUUAAUGUAAUGUUGGAGUUGAAUAUUGGUCUGGUGAGUAGGUAUGAAGGGGCUCCGCUUAAUUAUGAAAAUAGUGCUGGACAGAGUAAUGAGUUGAAAAGCCUUUAUUCUGAUAGGACGAUCAUGGAAGAGAAAAAAAGCAAACUCCCUGCACACCACAAGAAUUACAUCAUUGUGAAAGACAACUACUACUACGCUUCAAGUGAAGACUACUACAUUCGAUUCGAACGAGGGAAGGAGGAGGAAUCCUAUGUCCAUAUGCAGGUGAAGCAACAAGUGAUAGUGUAUACGGUCCUUUUAUUUACUCAAUUCAGCGAACACGGUAAUAUAAGCUUCUACUCCCACUUAACAGAAGAUAUAACAAAAGAGAAAAAUUUCCACAUGAAUUUGAAAAAAUUAACAAUAGGAAAAAGGUAUUUGUAUAAUAUGAGCGUGGAUAAUAUUUUGAGGUUGGCUCACUUGGACAAGGAAUGUAACAAGGGGUGUGUGAAUAGUGUCAGAACAAAAAACGGGUUAUUGCUGCACGCCCUGCUACAUAAUAACGCUGUGUAUAAAUUUGAAGUCAAGUAUAUGUUUGGAAGGGAUUCCCCAGGUAUAUCAGGCAUGAAACCUGAAGGUGCUCAUUUUAAUAUAGAAUUUUCCAUCGUGAGGAAUUCAGCAGAGUACACCAUGGUGGACUUCAUCCGUGAACACUUCACCAGGGAGUGCAUGCAUAAUACGUUUUUCCCCAGCGGGAUUAUCCAAACGGGGGAAAAAAGUGCACUAGAGGAAUAUUCACUUAAACGGUGCAAAAGGGAUGGACAGGAGGAAAAUUGUACUACUCCCCUUGACCCAAACGCUGACUUCAUCAUAUACGGCAGGAUGAUCGAAUUGAAUGAUAAUUUUAUUUUCAAUUUUGACCCAAUUAAAUUUUUUGAGCAACCUAAACAAGUAACCGUAAUCAUCAGUGAGGAAAGUCUUUUCAAUUUGGUUGUCACAUCUAAAGCAGAUAAUGUAUAUAUAAAUUUGCUUAAAAAAGACUCGUCUCAUGGAGGGGACAAGGUAUGUAAUACGUACUAUAUGAAUAACUUAAAUGAUUACACAAUUUUUAAUUACAUGGCAAAGGAGAUGGAUCAUUUUCCUCAUGCCCAUGUGAAUAAAGCGGUUGAUGGUAAUUAUACAGAUGAUGAAGAGGUGCGAAGGAAGAAGUUCUCUCUUCACAAUAUAGCUUACAUUAACUGCACCCUACCCAAGGGGGAAUAUUACUUAAGGAUAACUGUUGAUGGGUAUAAUAUGAUUUGUGACUCGAACGAAGUGAAUCUUAUUAUUCACCCUUUGAGUAUGUAUGAGGAAAGACACAAAUGUGAUAGCAGCAUGAAUAUUGUGACGGACUUGUUUUACUACCACUUGAGGUCAGAGAGUAAGACGCAUCGUGAGGAGCUUUCUUCCAACUUGAUCAGUGGACCUGAGGGGGAGGGUUUCACCGCUGCAGAGAGGUCCAACUCGGUAGGUGGUCAGGUCAAAAGGCCAAACAGUAUAGAAGAGGACGUGAAAACGUACCAGAACAUUUAUGAAAACAGAUGGAUUUUGAAUAACCCUAUAUUUGAAGAUUUUGAUUUUGUGAUUCUGUACGAGAAGCACAUUAGCGAGAGGGCAGACGAAUUGCUCGUAACAAUAAACAAUUCCGUCUUCUUGGACCUCUUCUUUGUAAUUGUAGAACCUGUUACGGAGCAGAACUGUUAUUAUUACAUAUACAGAAAUUCGAGGAAUGUUUCCAAGUAUAAAGUGAAGCAUGGAAACCGUCCCUUUACCAUUUAUCUAAUUGCCUCCACCAUGCACUACCCACAAAAGCAGCUGUGUGGUUUUUUUUUCGUUGACAUAGAUUUGGUAACCAAGGCGAAAUUAACAAGGGAAGAGAAUGAAGAACCGGGUCACUUGCAACCCACAACCAAUACACAUAACAUGAUCAGCAGGAUUAACUAUAUCCCUGAUUUGAUCAUCGGUUACGACUCCUACUCGUUCAGCAACUUUUGCUUCAUCCCAAAGUAUAAGAAGCAUAGCCUGCUCAUUUACAUAAAGGAAGAUUCUAUUGUAAAAAUAAAUUGCUUUAGUGCCAACUAUGUGUACAUUUGCCUGUACGACAAGAAUAAGAAAAAGCUGUACGAUGGGUACAAUCAGCUGUAUAUCGAGUCCUUCACAAAGGGGGAGUACGAAGUCGUUUUUCAGUUUAACGCGCCCAACGACCAGAAGGACAACGCAUUUUUCUACCUCCAGAUUUAUGUCUUCCACUUGAGUUUGCUUGAGAGGUGCGCUGGGGGUGCAUUCGUCGGCGCACACUCGAUCACAGGUGCAGGUUCGGAAGCCACUGCCAGUGGGUUGCAGAGUUCUGGAGUGCCCCCCGCAGCGACCACACCAAAUUCACAAGACGUGUACGACCUGACCUCCUAUGUCCAACCCAGGCGCCCGGAUCUCACCACAGAUGUUAAUCAAACUCAAGUGAAUGACAAAAACAUUUUCUGGUUUGAAGCCCCAAACGCCUAUUACCUAUUCAAGAGGGACUUCCUUCUGCUCCACCCGAACAAAAGGAUCGUAAAAGAGCUGAUCCUUCCCCACGUGGUGAGCAUGGAUCACGCAGCUACGUUCCUCCUGAAGAUAGAACUCAUUUUUGCACAAAAUUAUUUGCCUUAUAAGUUGGCCAUUCAGGACACUUCAAAUAGCAGACUUCAAUACCACGAUAGUUACACGUACAAAAAUAAAAUCCUGAUGACUGUUCCCGUGGUGAAUAGCGCCUCCCCGAUGGAAAGCAACCCCAAGGGUGAAGCCCCCCAUCAGGGAAAACACUUCAAGCUGUACGUGGACCUAUACGAAGAAGUGAACGAAAAUUUAAGAGACAACUUUUGUACGUAUGGCUACGUGCACAUAAUUUACACGAGUGAGAUGGAGGCCUUUCGGCAAUGGGACGAGCAGGGCUUGUCCUACUCCACGGUAAACCUGCCGCUUUUACUGAAUAAUAUACUUUUCAAGGGUUCUCCCGGUUCAGCAGGGAAAUCAGUUGGUGUAAGCGAUGCUGGUGAAGAGGCUAGGCAUGGCGGUGAUCGCUCCGCGGUGAUCUCGCUUCGUAACUGUGACUUGCCUGUCGCGAACCAGACUCUACACUACACCUUCGAACUGCUGAACAAUAAUGUUGUCUUGUUCCUCGCCAGGGAUAAUCUUUUUUUUGACAUGUACAUGUACAGGGAAAAGAGAGACAUAAAGCUGAAUGUGUACAAAUUUUCCGACGCGAAAAAGUUAUUGUCUGGUGAAGGAAUCACCUAUGAUGAAGUGACAAAGAAAGGGUUACCGCUAGGAGAAGAAAUUUUUUCCUUCAACAAGAGGCAGAUAUACAUAUCGACGUAUCUAACGAAGGGGUUAUACAUUUUUGAGUAUGAACAUGGGUCAGGUGCAUUGUUUGCAAAUUUGUCUGUGGUGUGGGAUUAUGGGGGAGACAUACAAAGUGGGAGUUACCUCACUGGGGAAGAAGUCGGUUUGCCUAAGCAAGAAGUUGGAGUGAUUGUUCCCAUGGGCAGAACAGCAGUCGGUAGGGAUGAUACCCUGUUGAGGAACGAAAUCGAUUUCCUAUUUGGCAAGGAAUUCAAGUUCAGCGAUAAAAAAAUAUUACACCAUCAUGGAGGUGUGAAGCUGCACAAUUUGACCUACUUCUGGAGAGAAAUUAUAAAAAAUGAAAAUUUUCAAAUUUUUGACAAUAGUGUCACCAGUGUAGAAGUAAAAAAAGGCGAACAAAUAAAUGCCCUCAUUUACAAGCGUUUUUAUAUAUGCUUAUCGGAUGAAGUGGGAAAAGUCCCUCAAGACGGGAAAAAUUACUCGAAUGAUACACAGAAGAGUAGCGACAUGAUUAAUAAAAAUUACACACUUUUUAAUUUAAAAAUAGAAGAGAGGGCCCAAGUGUAUGUUGAAAUAAAACCUCAUUAUCACUUCUUUGCGUACCCCUUUAACCUAAAUAUCGUUUCGAGGCGAUCCUUUUUUGACAUUUCCAGUGGACAUAAAACCCUCAUUACGAUUGACUUAUCCCAGGGAGAGUACGAAAUACAUUUAACAUUUCCCCAGCUGAUGAGGGAACAAGUAAAAGAUAUCAUAUUCGACUUGGUCAUACUUAUUGUGUCGUCUAGAAGUGAAGAAAGCAAAACUGAACAGGGAAAGGCACUAACAUAUGUAAAUAACUUUCCUGGAAGACCCCACCAAAAUGAAGUCUGCAAAACGUACCCAUAUAAACCCUUUUUCAACAAAAUCAAUUUGGUGGAUAUCCCUGAAAAUGACACAUCAGUGAGGAGAAAUAUAAUUUCCUCAAAAUAUAAAAAUAAAUAUUUUCAUCUCUUUGGAAAAUUUUUCCUCAAAAGUUAUAUGGAAGUAGUUUUCUUUACUAUCCCCAAUGGUGGUUACCUUUUGAAAAUUUUUUGUUUCCCUAUUGAUGAGUCAACAGAUGAAAAUGUGGCAGCAGAGGAAGGGGGGAAAAAUGAACUUGGAAAUAUGAGGAGUAUUCUUCCUGGGAAUUUCUCAGACCCUUCAAUAAAUUUUGUAAACUCCUUUUUGAACGUACGGAACGUUUUUAAUAUUAGGGUUGUUCUGGACCAUUCUGUGGAGGCCAACGAGGAUACAGAUGGGGACAAAGAUCAACUAGACAACAACGCCCUUUCUGUGUCACCCUUAUUUGCUAACGAAGAUGAGGAAUUCAUGUUGAAUUUGUAUAAAGUUGAGAAAAGUUUCAAACUGGUAAUUAAAACGAAUAGCUAUUUGUGUAAUUAUUUCCAGCUAGUCCUAAGUCUCUACCCCCUCGACAUUUACACCCCUGUGCAUAGCAAUGCUUAUGUCCAGGCAAACACCCUGGAGAAAUUUUUGAAGAAUAUUUCUGACACCUUAUCUGUUAAGGCAAAAGUGUAUGAUGAGGAUAUAAAAUUUGAGCAGAAGAAAUUUCCGUCGCAUGAGUACCUGAGGGUAGGAACGGAUGUUGUGAUUUUGAGGAGCGUCCAAAAGGAGGACUCCUUUUCGCUUCCCGUGGUUGUGCAUAAGGGGAGCUACUUCAAAGCCAAUUUGGGAUACGAUUUUUCGCAAGCCAGCUUCCAAAUGAAGCUCACGAAAAAUGGUGGGGCCAUUUCAAGCAGCAGCAAGAUGCAAGUCAGCCUGAAGGAAAACGCCCUGAACACAUUUGAAAAUAUUAGCCUAUACUUGGAAGAGGGGAACUACACACUGGAGAUUCGUUCCUAUGACACCACUGCAAAUUUGAACAACGUAUAUAAAAACCUCACUUUCUUCUUCUAUUUCGAGCUGGAGAUUUUCGAGUUUUCCGACGACAAGAACGGGGAGGCAAUUCUGCUCGAUGUGUUUCCGCACAACUCGAUGCCCGUGGACAGGAGCUACCCCUUUGGCGUUGAUAUAAUUUUUUGGGGAAGAGUAGACGCGAAAGACAUACACCUGGAGGAUGAUCAGAAGACACACAUAGAGCCGACCAGCAUAAGAGCAAUAAAAUACGCCAACAUCGAGGUUCACAAAUUUGUUUUAUCCCCAGAAGUAAUGAACACAGUGGAAAAAAAUUUUAUGUUUAAAUUUUCCCCAAAUUGUAAUAUCUAUGUUAAUCAGGAAAAGGAAAAAAAAUUAAAGUUUACUCUCGCGACUGAUGACAAAAGUGCUUCCAUCGGAGACAGCGCUUAUGGAGCGGGGAAGGAUACAACAAUGACAACGAGCGGGUCGAAUGAGGAAAAUGGCCAAGUGCGACCAGAGAGUGUAAAUAAUUCCUUCCUCUUGGAGCAUUCGCAGAAGGAAGUCCCGCCCGACACAGGAACAACAAGCUACCUGGAAGGAAGUUCCCAUAAGGACAGCGUGUACGAUGUCGAUCGUGUCAUCCAGGACUUCCGACUCAAUGAAAAGAAAAGAGGAGAAGACGAGGACCCCCUUGUGAACGAUCCCUCCAAGGGAGAAGCAGAUGCGUGUAUUCCGCUGUCCAUAUUGACAAUGGAAAUUUACUGCUUCGAGAAAAGUUCUGUUCUCAUUUUUAUUUUUUUUUUGUGCGUGUGGUUUAUGCUGUGCGCGUGCCUAUUUCUGAUUUUAAAAUUGUACAAAAAUUGGAAGUACUACAGGAAUUACGACAUUAUUAUGGAGAGUGAGGAGAUGGUCAACUUGUUCGACGACGACCACAUAUAG